AUGUUGACCAGCUUCACCCCCACCCUCCUCCCCCUCCCCUCCAUCCGUCUCGGCCGUCUCCUCACUAACCGCAGCUCCCCGCACGAGCGCUACCAUGACCCUCCAGACAUCCCCGAACCCUUCAUCUCCCCGCAAAAGAACUACCGUGCUUUUGCCUCCUCCUCGAGCACUCUCACGCUGCGCACACGCCUCGCAAAGAUGCUUGGGGCUCGCUACCACCGCACCCAGACAGAGAGUAUCGACCUGUCUGCCACGCAGGCAUACACGUACUACAUGGACAACAGCGACAGCUGGUUUUCAAAGGCAUGUGGUGAUAGCGAAGUGAGGGCGUUUCUACAGGAGGCGGUCGAGCACGGGGACAGCGUAUAUUUGGUGGUUGGGUAUCAUACUGUCGUUGAUGCGGUUGUGGCGGUGAAUGGGGGUGGGGGCGGGGAAGUACGGGGGUCGGCGACGGAUGGAGAGACGAUAUUGGGGGUGGAGGCGGGGUAUGAAGGGGAUACGGUGCAGCGGAGUGGGUGGGAUGCUGAGGGAGAACAGGUGUAUGCGGUACAAUACCGGAAGGUGAAGUUUAGGAUGUUUUCGAGUAAGAAGGGGGUACUAGGGGAGAAUCGGUGGAGGAUGUAUAUAAAGAGAGGAAGGAAAGAUGUGGAGGAUAGCAUCGAGGCGGGCUUGGAGGAGAAGGAGGGUGAGGGCGAAGGGGAAAGGGAAGGUGAGGUGGAAGGCGAGGUGUGGCUCGGGGAGGAUGGAGAGUGUUUGGCGGUUUUGUAG